CCAGAGACUCGUCUGUACCGUCGCGCAUGUACCAAACACCCACCAGUAUGAUUUACAGUAAUUACCACGGCCAAGGGGCACACGGCACAACUGUCAUAAACAUGGACGAACGGCCAGGAUGUGAUAUAGCUCAGUCCUAUAUCUCAACCGGUUCAUAUCAGGGAAUCUCACACGGUGCUACCACAUUAAAUACGGAACAAGCAUACACGCAAAUUAUGAUGCAACCACCUAUACCGCAUCCGCUUGAAACACCCUCAACAACAGCCGUGAGAUACCAACAAACUUGUCUGGCAAUGCCGUCUAGAAUGGAACGGUCCACACCAACCCCGAUACAUCACACGUACGCUAAAAGCUUAUAUAAUACUGACAGUCCGGAACAGAGGGCGUCGACAUACAACGUGCCACUAUUUAAUCCGUUGCCGGGACAGACUACACACUCGCAUAUAUUACCCUCUUCGGAGAACUUAGCUGCACCCCAAACCCAUAAGCAACCACUGAACAGUGCGACAGUGCCAGUCACGUCGAUUUAUAGGCAUGUCGAUUUAGUUAAAGACUUGGCACAAACCAAUUUGACAGGGCGUGUAGCGGCGAGCUUUAGUGAGGGAUUGGGAUGCCCAGACGAAGUGUAUGGUCUGUCACGAACUCGAGGAAGGGACUCCGAUACACCUCAACUGGAUUUCAACCAAGGUCUUGUGCCUCAUAGUCACCCCUUAAACGUUACCGAGGAUCUGGACUGGGGAUCAGACAGUGAAGGCGACGAGGCUAUCAGUAAACCAAUCCUUGCUCAUGGCUUCAGUAGCGGAGAAACAAAAGCGAACUCUAGCCUUGCCUUUAAAUUGAAAACGAACGCAAGUCUAUCCCAACCUACAACGUCGGUAGGUACGCGAUCAGAGCCCUUGAUGCCUAUACAGGGCAAGCGGGGGUUUAUAAGCGCAGAAGAUUACAUGCAGACAACCGGAAGCGCGGCAAAUAGUCCCGCCAGUCACAGGUCCAGUAUACUCAGACAGGAGAGCACUCCCACUCCACACUUCCACAAUGCGACGCUACACUUGCAAUCUCUCACCAGCCACCCUGUCAGUCUUCCCAACAGCCCGAAACAUACCUCCAUCCCACCCUUACACUCUCAUCCAAAUACUCCAUCCGCAUCUCAGAAGAGGUCGAACAUGGGCUUUAUCAGCGCAUCUGACUUCGCAUCGGUCACAGCCACAGAUUCAAACUGGUUUCGGUCGCCACAAAAUGUCGCUAGUACAACCAGUUGUGCAGUGAACAACAACGACAUAGCCAAUCGAUUGGGUGUCACAGUACCAUUGAGCUGUGCCCGCGUAAUAUCGCCAGAGCUGAACGGCAGGGCCUCUGCCACCAAUGAAACAUCCCGAACUAGCUUAACACAUGCACUCGGCGCCACAAGUUCUCUAGCUGAUACGCAUAUAUCCUCUAUAGACAACAAGAGUCCCACCUCAUCAAACAACCCAAAUGACUCUCCCGGGCAUGAGAUGCCACAGCUCUUCCCCACCCCAGUUGCGGUAUCGGACAAACAGCUUCAAAACGACCGGCUGAGACGUUGGGCGUCGCUGGCGGUGAGUGAAGGUUCCAUCGACGAAAGUGCGGGAUUGGAUCUCGGGAAUUUUGGGGCAACCGGCCACGGAUGUGAUCGCAUCGAUGCUUCGGUUGUCGUAGGAUAUACUAGAAGGAUACAGUUCUCAGGUUGUAUAACGGCAGAAGGCGCCGAAGGCACAGAUGCUCGGAAUGGUAACCCCCGCUUCGAUCGAGAGGAAAGCGGGUGUCUGAACCAGGGCAAUGGAUACGGAGAGGGCGAGUCAUGGGAGAGGAAGAACGAUAGUUCAAUUCAUCCACAGCACAUCAUCCCCACAAGCACUUCCGGCUUAUUCGCAACCGCCCUCCAAUCACACGCGUCAGGUGAUACAGACACAGCCAGAAGCCGAAGCCGACCUCUCAUCAGUGCAUCCCCGACGACUGGUGAUCAGCAACAGGCGGAACUACAGCCGUCACCAUUGGAGACACCCGCGGAGGAAGCCUCGGAUUCCGACUAUGAACAGGGACUCGAAUGGCCUCAACAGGUGCGUCUGGCGUCGCGCUGGGAGGAUGUGGAACUGCCCACGGGCGGUCUGACUAUGAAUAUGCUUGCGGUGCAAGCCCGCGCGAAUGAUCCCAGUAAGCAAAUGGGAGUUGGCCCCAACUCGCGCCUGCGUGUGGUGCAGGGACGAAGCAGCCCGCCCUCGCACGACGCGCUGAAUCGUCUGUCUGGCGAGUGGGAGAAUGAUAACUACACAACCACCAGCUCGAUUAUGUCAUACACCAUGUCACAAUCGCAAUCUCAAACAAGCGCUGUCCCUGGUGAAGGGCACGCACACUCAGACAACCUCGACCAGGCCUGCACCAGCGGGGGUACUACCGAGAACAUCACCUCGCCGGAACUCAGUGGCCUACGUCUGCCCUCUAAAGGCGAGAAGCUGAGGCUACGCUUGCCACAGCCCGACGCGCGAGAGCCCGCGAACUUUGACAGCUGUACGGAUGUGUCCGAUGGCUUUGAUUUCGACACGGACACUGAGAGUGAUGUCAAUGACAGCGGGUCUAUGUUGGGAUCCUCCGCUGGGCGUGCAAUGGCUGGCAUUGGCAUUAGGAGUACGUCAGGAUCGUUCGAUUGCACACUGACCGACAGGAGGCUCGGCUCGGCGUCCUUCGAUGCCGUGGGUACCAGGGACGUUGUCUCUGUCGCGCAUUCGCCCAGCGCGUCGCGGAUGUUCGGUACUCAGCUGGAUAGCCAGCUACACGACAUGUACCAGCCCAAAGUGCCGUUGGACCACCGUCUGAACCCGUGCUUACGCAUAGCCCGCCCGUCCCAAUUGGGUGAGGGCAUGCGUACGGAGCCCAUGCUGAUACAGUCAACCAUGGCUCCCAUUGGUAGGCAAGUGGUUGGCUCAAUGGUCUACAACCCCACCACGCAAAGCUGGGAAGGUAACGAAGAGGCUCUGUUAGACUUUGACGACACCAGACUGUCCGCUCGACCUACCCGGACUGUACCGGCGCUGAUUACGUCUCUGGGAAAGACUGGCGCGCUAUCUAAGGAGGUAAAAGGAAUGAUCUUUGACUCGGAGCGUGCAUGUUGGCGAGGCAAUGAAGAAGAUGUGCUGGAUCUGAGCGACAGUGACUGGAGUGAAAACGAUGGCAGCGAUUCAAAUGACACUCGCGACGAAAACUCACUUCUAACGCCUUCGAAUGUGUAUGCCAAAGACUACACGCAGGCCUUUACAAUAACCUCAGAGCUGCGAAAGCAGUGGUCCGAGUCGGAGACGCAACACCAACGUUUGGGUCUAUGGAACCAAUCCGUAGAGGCGAAAGGGAACCACUUGAGCGUCGCCUGGGCCGUCAGAGAAUUGGAUGUCAUCAGACAGCUCUCAUAAAUAUUAAAAAAAAUAGAC